UUUCAAAAGCUAACUCUCAUGCCAUUCGAAAGAGGAUCAUGAAAAACCUAUAAAAAAAUGGUUCAUGAAAUUUUAUUUCGCUCAUAAAGCUAAAGUCCGCCUGCUCAAGCAAAAAAUGCCCACUGUGGAAUAGGAAGAACAUACUUUAAUAAAAUUUUCUAUUUUUGAAUUAUUAUAUUUGAGUAUUUUCGUAACAGCAAUAAUAGCAUUUUCCGUCGCCAUAAUGUUGUCAUCGGAGCGACUAUUGGUUUCAGCAACAACUUGAAAUAGACGUGGAAGAAUAUUGGCACAUUCAUGUGCAUACACUAAAUUACCAUACAUGCCCAUUACACCGAAACCAUAACUGGCUAUCUCACAAAUCUAAAAUACAUAACAUGAAGAAUCAAUUAACAAAGUAUCGAUGAGGGAAUCGAGUUAAUAAGGGUGACAGACAAUAAUAAUAAUAAUAAGCAAGAGAAACUGAAUAAAAUGAUAUAUUUUGCAGAUAAUAAAAUAAAAUCCAAUUUAGUAAAAGUUACUUGUUUUAUGUGAAUGCAGUUCCUUUCAGAAUAAGGCACUUUUGGUUGGAUGAGCCGACUUUUGAAAGAAACGUUUUCUCAAAUAUUGUAAUUCUUUUUUUCCAAAAUGUAUUAGUCUAAACGUUAGCGAACCAAACUAAAGUCAAAAAGAAUUAUGCCAAAUUAAGAGAAAAAUUGAUUUUUUAUUUUAAAAACCUUUUUGUCACCAGCCUCUUCGAACACCUGUGGAACACUUGGAGGUUCUAGAAUCGAUUCUCAUAUUUAACUAUGUCUGCUGAUCGCACAUAUGGCACUUAUUUUGACAAGAAACGAAGUUCUAGUGGUAGAAACCUGAUUUUAUCUCCAAAGUUUUGAUAAUUUAGUAUCUUACUACAUUAUUGUUUCUAGGUGUUUGCGCUGCAGUAGCUGAAGCAUUACCACAUCUCCUUGAGUGUGAAAAACUACUUGGUGAUAAAUGUCUUAGGCAAAUGUGGCAAAAUAUGAAAAAAGAGUUCUUUAGUGUCAUCAAAAUCAAGUACAAGGUACCAUAUGAAUUAUUUUCAUCAUUAGGAAAAUGUAUUGAAACCUUGGGUAGGUCAUGUUUAACAGGCGACGAAUUAAGAGAGUUAACAAAUAUAUUAGAUCAACAUUUGAAUAAACAUUUUGAACAAUGUGAUGAACUACAAAAACAACGACGGGAUGAAGAUUUUGAUGAAGAAGUUGAAGAAGAAUUAAAUGAAGAUGAUGAUUGUGAUGCAUAUACAUUGAUGCGUUUAUCGGACAUAAUUCGUUUAACGCCACGAUUUCAAAAAUUAAUAUUCUUUUUUACUAAUGUCCUUUUCAAAUUAUGGUGCCAGUGA